AUGAGAAAGUGCAACGCGUGUGCACCACGAUACGUUUACCAUCAACACCAUCCGAGAAAGGUCGAACGCAUCGAACCAGUUGGAACUUGUUUCAUUGCAAAAGAUAACUUCCGAGAGUACCAGGAAUAUUCUCCAUGUCGAACAUACGCUAAUCCAUGCUUCGUUGAUUUUGAUGUUUAUUCACUUCAAUCGGCAACAAAUGUUUUAAUUCCUUUGACACCUUUUUGA